AUGCGGUUCCCCGCGACGGCGGUCUCGAAGAUGACGGUUCGCCAACCGUCCAACUGCGAUCGUACUCACGCGCGCGUCUCAAUGCAGCGAUGCUGCGGGGUGCGGAGACGUGCGCGCUUUCUGCUCAAACGGAAGGACGGCGGGCGAGUGUAUCUUGAGAUGACGAAUGAAUUUUGCGUUGAUUUUGGGAUUGAGAUGAUGAAUGAGGUGAAGCGGAAUUUAGAAUUUGACGUAUUGAUAGCUGGAGUUGAUUGA